AUGCAAAUCAUUCGCGCUCUAGUCGGAUUUAUUCUGCUGCUCGGCAUUUGUGCAGCUGGCAAAGUUAAGCUGUUUGCCUUUAAGGGUCCGCAUGCCGGUUUUAUUGGAUUAAAAGUGCGCACGCCCAAGCUGCUGGGUCUCAAGCAUGCUUUGGGUGGUGGCGGCGGCGGCUUCGGAGGUGGAGGAUUCGGAGGCGGUCAUGCAAUAGGAGGAUUUGGCGGCGGUCACGGUGGCUAUGAACAUCAUGAGGAAUAUCAUCAUCAUGAAAGCCACUACAGCAGCGGAGGCAGCUAUGGCGGGGCUGGAUUCGGUGGAGCUGGCUUUAAGGGUGGCCUCUGGGGCAAAUAG